AUGCAGUGGCUGAACACAGAUAAAAGGAUUUUGGCCUUGGCCACAGGUGUGGGCCUGUGUGCCUUGACGUCUGUCUUCAGCAGUGCCCCGGGACUGGAUGCUAGGAGUGAGAUCAAGACGAGAGGGGAGAAGCCUGAGCCGAGCACAAGAGGCCAGGAAAAUCGAGUGGCAGAGAAGAAAAACGGGAGGAUUUGUGAAAGCAGCCAGAAGAAGAGCUCUUUGGAAGGGAAACGGGUUAGCUGCCGCAGAGCGGCUGUAAGGGAGAAGACUCCAGAGUGCCCUGGGAGAGCCCUCAGCAAGCGCCUGAGGGGUGCCCGGGCCCAGGCCGGAUGCAGCGGAGGUGAGAAAGUCCGACUGUGGUUUUCUCGUUUGCCAAAACAUAAAGGGGGAGACACUCGGGAGGCUUCAGACAGGGUGAUGCUCGUGCUCUGGGAAGGAGGCCGAAGAUGGAUGCUGAGUGACGGCUCCCAGCAGAACGGGGGCCGGAGUGUGGAGCAGCGUCCCCAGCUGUGCGGACCAGAACCCUGCGCACGAAGCGGGUUUGACCUUUGCCGUUUCGUCGGACACAGGCAUGGCUUCACGGCACCGCUCUUGUUCUUGCACUUCCUAAAGUGUUACUUAAGGGCUUACGUAUCUGAUUAUGUAACAUCUGUGUGUGUACAUGGUUCUGAGCUGGAACUUUGCUGUCACCUGUGUCUUAAUGCAGUGAGUGAUGGACUGGAACUGAGACCAAAAUAUAAAGGGAUUCUCCAUUGCUUGGCUACCAUUUGGAAACUUGACGGACUGCGGGGACUUUAUCAAGGAGUCACCCCAAAUGUGUGGGGCGCAGGUUUAUCCUGGGGACUCUACUUCCUCUUUUACAAUGCCAUUAAAUCGUACAAGACAGAAGGACGAUCCGAACGGUUAGAGGCAACAGAAUACCUCAUCUCCGCUGCUGAAGCUGGAGCCAUGACCCUCUGCAUUACCAACCCAUUAUGGGUAACGAAAACGCGCCUUAUGUUACAGUACGGUGGUGUUAACUCCACACAGCAGCGAUACAAAGGAAUGUUUGAUACACUUGUGAAAAUAUAUAAGUAUGAAGGUGUGCGCGGAUUGUAUAAGGGCUUUGUCCCUGGGCUGUUCGGGACGUCCCACGGGGCCCUUCAGUUCAUGGCCUACGAGCUGCUGAAGCUGAAGUACAACCAGCAUCUCGAGCGGCAGCCGGAAGCACAGCUGAGCACAGCAGAAUACAUAUGUGUCGCAGCACUUUCCAAAAUAUUUGCAGUGGCAGCCACGUAUCCAUACCAGGUGGUGCGGGCCCGUCUGCAGGAUCAGCACGUGUCUUACAGCGGGGUGGUGGACGUGAUCGCCAGGACAUGGAGGAAAGAAGGUAUUGGUGGAUUUUACAAAGGCAUCGCUCCCAAUCUGCUAAGAGUGACUCCAGCCUGCUGUAUUACCUUUGUGGUCUAUGAAAAUGUCUCACAUUUCCUACUCAACCUUCGAGAAGAGAGAGUAAGCUAAAAGAAAAUAAUCGUGUACCUCUGCACAAGGCGGUAACAAGCUCGGGCGGAGAGCGCCGCACAGCAGCUCGUAAGCAGAACUGCGAGUCCUCGCACCGUUUCUGUAGUCUGCCUUCUGCACCUGUACGGGACUCGACUGCCUCUGCACGUCCGCCCCCAUUUCAUCAUGAAAGCAGAGGUGGACUUGCAGCCUUUGUAAACGCUGCUUUUUCUGAUCUCCGCCUUGGCUGGCUCUAAGGCUGACCUUGUGCAGUAGCAAGCCCGGGGCCGCCCAAGGGUGUCAGGGCUCCCCCUGACCUGGGGUGCGCCCUCCCCUGCCCGGGCCGAGUUGUUACUGGUGAGAAGAGAGCCCUCGGGUGCACUUCAGCUCAGCUCCCCGGGAACGCACUCGCUGCUCUGAGAAACGUCUGCCGUCUGUUCGCAUUCAUGGUUAACUGCAGAGGAACCGCCGUAGUUUAGAACAUAGUCCUGACUUGAGGCUUUUACUUUCUUUUUAUUUCUGGAAUGAGUACUUAGGGUUUCAGUUUAUAAAAUCUGAACAUUUAGGGUGCAGCUGUGUCAGCCUUUCUUUAGGCUGUAAAUCACUUGUCAGAAAUGCAGAUGCUGAAACGUUUGAAAUGUUUGUUAACAGUGGAAAUCGAGAAACUCCUUUCACUUGGAUUUAUGGAUCCAGAUCUCAAAUAAAUGAAUUUGAACCACCAA